UUGAGGAUCCGACCCGUCAGUGAUGCUGAACAGGAGGAGGGAGCCUCCAUCGUGGCCCACAGAGUGGAUGACCAGAUGGUGGUUCUGAUGGACCCCAUGGAAGAUCCGGAUGACAUCCUGCGUGCCAACCGCUCCAGAGAGAAAACCUACAUGUUUGACGUGGCAUUCGACUUCUCAGCCAGUCAGGAAGAGGUGUAUCGAUCUACAACCAAAGAGCUUAUUGAAGGCCUCAUAUCAGGCUACAAUGCCACUGUGUUUGCCUAUGGACCCACAGGUUGUGGGAAGACCUAUACCAUGUUGGGCACAGACAAGGAGCCAGGGAUCUAUGUCCGCACUCUGAACGAUCUGUUCCGUGCCAUCGAGGAGACCAGCGAUGACAUGCUGUACAGCGUCUCCAUGUCCUAUCUUGAGAUUUACAAUGAGAUGAUCCGAGACCUGCUGAAUCCAUCCUCAGGCUUCUUAGACCUAAGGGAAGAUUCCAAGGGAGUGAUUCAGGUUGCAGGCAUCACGGAGGUGUCUACCAUUAACGCCCAAGAAAUUAUGGAGUUGCUGAUGAAGGGCAACAAACAGCGCACACAGGAGCCAACGGCAGCAAAUCAGACCUCGUCACGGUCCCACGCUGUUCUGCAGGUGGCCGUCAAACAGCAGAGCCGCUGCCGCGACGUCCUGCAGGAGGUCCGCUUUGCACGCCUCUUCAUGAUCGACCUCGCCGGCUCAGAACGAGCAGCACAGACUCAAAAUAGAGGUCAGCGGUUGAAAGAGGGAGCCCACAUCAACCGCUCACUUCUGGCUUUGGGCAACUGCAUUAACGCCCUGAGCGACAAAAACUGCAACAAGUACGUCAACUACAGAGACAGCAAACUGACCCGUCUCCUGAAGGACUCCUUAGGGGGGAACAGCAGGACGGUCAUGAUUGCCCAUAUUAGCCCCGCCUCUCUGGCUUUUGAGGAGUCUCGUAACACACUCACAUACGCUGACCGUGCCAAAAACAUUCGAACGCGGGUGAAGAAGAACCUGAUAAAUGUGUCAUACCACAUUGCUCAGUACACCAACAUCAUCUCAGAUCUUCGAUGCGAGAUCCAGCGGCUCAAAAAGAUGAUCGAAGAUCAGGCGAGCCACCAGCCCACCGCUGACCGAGCUGACAUCCGCAACGUUCAGGCAGAGGUCCAGGCCCACUCCACCCAGCAGAGCCGGGCAGAGAUGGACCAGCUGAAGGAGCAGCUCCUUGAUGCCUUCCGCCAGCAGAUGGAGAUCAGGAGAAGCCUGAUGGAGCUGGAGAACAACAACAUGGAGAUCCAGAUUGACACCUCCAAACACCUUCUAACCGUUGCAGACUGGGAGCAGGAGCGGAGUAGGCGCAGGAGGAAGUGGCGCUCAGAAAGGAGGAAGGAAAGUGCCAAUAAGGAGGAAAGUGAGAAGGACUCAGAUUCCUCAGAGUCUCCACCUGACAACACAGAGACCAAAGAGGUGUUGGUGGCUCGAGAAAACCUGGUCACUCUGAUGGAGGAACAGAAAAAGAUUCAAAAACAGAAGGGGCUGCUCGAGCGCAGGUUUCUGGAGCUCCGGGAUAGAGCCCGACGCCUGGAGGAGCUGCUUCCUCGCAGGAUUUCGUCAGAAGAGCAACGCGAAGUCCUGGGCCUCCUCUGCAAAGUCCACGAGCUGGAGAUAGAGAACGCCGAGAUGCAGUCCCACGCACUGCUCAAGGACAACGUCAUCAGGCAGAAAAACUUUGUGGUGCAGCGCUUUGAGCAGCACAGACACCUUUGUGAUGAAAUCAUUCAGCAGCAGAGACAGUUCAUUGAUGACCACAGUCUGCCUGUGCCUCAGCACCUCCAGGAGCUGUAUGACAUUUAUAUGAGGGAGCUGGAUGAGAGGAAAUUAGACAGAGCUAUGGCCCUGGAUAAGGUGACCACCAGACACACCGUCAAGGAGGGCUCUCUACCCAAAAUCACACUGCCUGCUCGAGUUCGUGACAACAUGCACGACGCAGAUUCAGACCAGGAGAGCGUGCGCAACAUGUUCUCCAACAACAGAAGAGGCCAAACCAAAAUGCGUAGGCACACCUUGCCUCCCAUUCUUCCUGAUCCUGAGCCAGACAGAGUUUUCAAGAGCAGCCCCCAUGCCAGGCACAUCAAGAAAUCCGCUGUAAUGACCCCUCCUCCGAUCCACAUUAAUGGAAAGGGAAACAGAGAGCUGCAGCCUCUGGGUCCCAACAGCUUUAUGAGCUACAGCCACCUCAGCCACAGUGUCAGCAGCCACCUGGACUCAUCACCUGAGAGCAGCGAGGCUGGGACUGAUGUUCCCCUCUCACAAAAAGAGCGGCAACAGAUCCUGAGGGGGGUCCAGAACAUCGUGGUCAAAGCAGCCCGCCGGCGCUCCAAAGCCGUGGAGGUGGACGUCCUGCGGCUACCGCUCGCCCCCUCUCCGCUUGACCCCAAGAAGCAGAAAAGCAGCCUCUCUUUAGGCGAGGCUCCCCCGAGAGGUUUACCAAUGCGGAGAGGCAGACAGGCCAGCCCUGAGCUGAGGCACGCCACCUCCGACGACAACCUGUCCAGCAGCACCGGGGAUGGGCCCGGCCUGCAGGUGACCUGGACACGCCCUCGCCACCGCCAGGUUACAAACAAAAACCAAACACCUCGUGAGGCCGACUUCGAAGCUCGCCGCAAGAAGAGACGCUCGCGUUCCUUUGAGGUCACUGGUCAAGCAGUGGCUCAAACAAAGACAACCACAGCUCAGAGGUUCCGCCCUCUGGACAGUACAUCAGACCCUCAUCUGCACAUCAACGGUCAACCCCAGGCCCCCACGCAUCGUCCUCAGUGCAGAGCAGUCCCUCUUCUCACCAAAGUCAGACCCCUCCACCACAUCCACCAAACAGGUUCCAAUGCCGACUCCUCCACAGCCAGCGUAACUAACCUGAAGAGAGGCCCUCAGCUGCGGCAGCCCCUCGUCUACGUGACCACCGCCGGCGCUCAGCGCACGCGCAGGCACUGA